AUGGAAGCCCUCCAAGCACCACUUACAACGGGUUCAGAGAGAUCGCCAUAUCAGCCUAUCGAUUCAGAUGCUGGAGAGAUUCGCUUGGUCGAGUUAUUGCCAGGUGGAUACGAUGAUUUGAUUAGCCUGUGCCUACACACCGUCAAGCUAGAACAGCGGGCAACAGAUGAGGAGGAACCAGACGAGGAACCAGACGAGGAACCAGACGGGGAGCCAGACGAGGAACCAUUCGAAGAACCAGACGAGAACGAGUUCGACCUGGUAUAUUCAGAUCAGGAGAAAUCAGACGAUGAGCAUCGGUACGAGCCUGCCUUCUACUGCCAAUUCGAAUAUGAAGCUCUCUCCACUGGUUGA